AUGCCGCAGACAGCGUUGCUACUGUUGCUCCUAGCAGCGUCCGUGGCGUGUGCUCCAGGUGGCGCACUACUGCGGAAGCCUUCGGUACUAAAGGGACGUAUAGUCAACGGCGUCGAAGCGGAACCAGGGGAGUUCCCUUAUCAACUGUCGCUGCAGAAGAACGCAGAACACUGGUGUGGCGCCGUCAUCUUGAACGAAGACUGGGCACUCACUGCAGCUCAGUGUGUCGAAGACGACGACACGUACGAGGUGCUAGCUGGUACCAACACCCUCAGUGAAGGCGGCACCCGACACACGGUGACAUUCAUAAGCUCUCAUGAGGGUUAUGACGCCAGUGAUUCCUGGGUCAACGACAUCGCCGUGCUCAAGGUAUCCCCAGCUUUCCCAAUUGACAGCGUCACAGUGGCGCCAAUACAGCUGCCGGAAAAGGAUGAGGAGGUUCCAGACAAUGCCAACGUCACGACCAUCGGCUGGGGAAAACAUUGGUACUUUGGACAGAUUCAAGAUGGCCUGCGCAAAGUGGACAUACACAUAUGGCAGCAGUGGCUGUGUGAGUCCGUGUGGCAUGACAUCAAUUACAACGUCUACCCUACACAGAUCUGUGCAAUUCGUUUCAAGAAUAACAAGCACUACGACGCCUGCACUGGUGAUGAAGGGGGUCCGCUGCUCUACGAGGGAAAGGUUGUGGGGCUGGUGUCGUGGGGACACUUUUGUGGUGAGCCCCCCUACCCCUCAGUCUUCACACGUGUCUCCAGUUAUCUGGACUGGAUCACUGAGAAGACCAGCGGAUCACGGGUGUAG